AUGUUGAGCAGCAAAAACCCAAAAUCAGAAUCCGGAAAGCAGCAGCUGCUCUCUAAAAUACUGAGAGCUUCGGUUUCGGAAAAGCUUAAGGACUUACUUGGAGAAAUCCCAGAACUAAAUGAAGAAGAAGAUAAUAAUGAUGUCAUCCAAGACCUAUCUGAGUAUGUAACUCUGCUUAUUGCUAAUGGGAAGACACAAAAUCAAGCAAAAAUUCAGUUGGAGCCAUUUCUUGGUGAUGCCAAUACUGCCCUUUUUGUUUCUUGGCUCUGGGAAUUUCUUUCCAAAAAUUAUAUGAAUCCGAAUGCAUCAUCAGAUCUUGAAAAUGCUACUGGUGAUGGUAAUGCUACUGGCAAGAAGCAGGCAAGCAAGAGUAGUCUUAUAAAGCCUUCAGAUGAUUCUAAGCAACUUUCCGAAGGUGUCGAGUACUGCCCGGAUGACGACGACUUAUCUUCGGAGUCUUUGGAGGAGGGAGAGCUGCCAAGAACUCACCAUGAAUCUAUCAAAGAGUUUGAAGAGUCGGAAAUUGGUUAUGGGGAGUCCUUAAAGUGCACAUCUUCUAGAGUGGAGGCAUGUAGUGGAGAUUUGGUUGUUGGUGGUGAAGAAAGCACCCCGCACAAGAAGGUUUAUACAAGAAGCCUUCGGUGUAAGAAACUUGAUGUGGCUAAUGUUGCUGGGAGGAGGCUUUUCACUAGGGCAGCAGCUGAUGCAAUACUUCAUCAGCGUGCAAGGGUGCAUGGUAACGUGUGGGACAGACUGGGAAAGCUACCUGAAGGUGGAAAUUGUGCAAAUGCUGACAUGAAAGGCGUUGAAAAGAUCAAAGAGGAAGUAUUUAAAUGUUAUGGAGAAAGUACCGAACGAAAUCAUUCAACACGUUCUCUUCAUGGUCGUAAAUUCUGUGGAAGAUUGUCAGAAAUUAAUUUUGACAUCAAGACUGGAGCGAGUAAAGAUGGUCACAAGAGACAAUUCAGUGAUAUAAAUUCUCAUCAAUCUGGUGUUUCCUAUUCUAUGGAUGGGGAAGAAGCAUUUAUUAAAAAGGUGAGAAGAUUGUUGCCUGAAGAAGAUAAUGGUGUGCUGGGUGAGAAUAGUGUUUCUUCAGGAGCUGAAACACCGAAAAGCCAAAAAAUGGGUAAUGCAUCUAGCUCUAAUGCUUCGACUAGUUCAAAGUUAAAGAAAAUGCCCAAAGAAAGAUUGACUGGGGAGAUUUUGGAGUCUCCUGUGACUGCAGUUUCAUAUAGUACUCCUGUGACUGAAAAACCUUCUUGUAAGGACAAUAGCAAUGCAACUGCCAAUCUCAAGCCCGUGCACAAUCAACUGAUGGAUAUGAAACUAAGACUGGAGCAUCUUGAAACGGAAAUUGUUAAGCUCCAAUCGAAGAACGUAGAGAAAAAAGAACAAAGUUCAUCUAAAUCUGGUAAGAGAACUUUAUGCAAGCAACCUAUAUCAAUCAGUUCCAUUUAUCAUCUUGAGGGGGAUGAAUCAAGAACUGUAGUCGUGAAAAAUGUGCAUAUUGCAGCAACUAGAGAAGCCCUAAUAUCCUACUUUGCUAAGUGUGGAGCUGUCGAUAGAGUUAUUAAACUGACUGACACAGUUGGCAUUAAACAAAAAGCGUAUGCCUAUGUUACUUUUACUAGCAAGCACUCGGCAGACAAAGCACUGGCAUUGAGUGGGGAAUCUUUCUUUUCCCAGAUCAUAUGGGUUGCAAUAAGCAACUUCAGUCUUCAGGUGUACGGAUUGUUAGAAAGUAAUCGUCUUUAG